AUGGAGAAGAAGUUAAGGAUGGAUAAGAAGUUUAGGAUGGAGGAGAAGUUUGGAAUGGAGGAGAAGAAUCGAAAUAUGGAGAAGAAAUUAAGGAAGAAGAAGUUUAGGAAGGAGAAUAAGUUUUGGAUUGAGAAGAAGUUAAGGAUAAAGAAGAAAGUAUGGACAGAGAAGAAGUUUGUUCGGGAGGAUGGAGAAGAAGUUAGGGAAGAAGAAAAAGUUAAGAAUGAAGAACAAGUUGGGGAAGGAGAAGAAGUUAAGGAUGGAGAAAUAGUUUGGGAUGGGGAAGAAGUGAAUGAAGGAGAAGAAGUUAAGGAAGAAGAAUAA